AUGGCUGAUUGGUUACCGGGCGUAUCACAGGCAAAAUCAUUGGUUCAGUUGGCAUGUGGUGAUACAGAGGGUGCUAAAAGAACUCAGGAGAACUUUACUAAACAAUGUCCAGGGGUAUCACAAAUACGGUCUUUGGUGGAAGUCGCUUCUGGCGAUACAGAUGCGGCUUUGCAAACUCAAAAGGAAUGUUUAGGAACAAUCAGUGGAAUGGUGGAUGCCAUCCCGGUUGUAGGACAUGCUAAAGGCGGAAUCCAUUACAUAUGUGGUGAUAAAGAUGGUGGGGAUAAUGCUAUGAAGGCGUCUUCUCGUACAACAGGUGUGAUGGCUGGUGGUGCUGGUGGAUUUCUUGUUGGUGGACCUGUUGGGGCUGUAGCUGGUGGAAUGGCAGGAGCGAGUGUGAUGGAUACUGUAACUUCAAUAGUUGAUUCAGAGGUCCAUGGCGACUCACGGCCUACAGGUUAUAUUAAACAAAUUGGUGAUAUAAUUGAAGAUCCAAAAGACCCUGGUAAAUGGUUUGAUGUAACUUUCUCUGCGGUUGGUGAUGCAAUGACUGGUUACUCUGGUGGACAAGCAGUAAAGAAUUUGAAAAAUUUUAAAAAUCAACGUGAGGUGAGAAAUAAGUUUGAUUCUCAAAGGCAGGCCUUGUCGGAUAAAAUUGGAAAAAAGGCAGCCAACGACAUGGUGAAAGCAGCUGAUCAUUUGAAAAAGACACAAAAGAAAUACUCUGUCCCAGAAAACAAGCCUCAUGUAACAGCAGUUGUUCAUGAUCUAGAGACCAAUAAGAUUUAUGAUGGUCACAAUAAACAAGUAAGAAAUUUUUGCAAGAGAACCAAAUUUGGAUUGGAUCCUAUAAGUGAUUACAGUUCUGAUGUCAACUCACCAACCUUGGUGGAAAAACGAGCGCCAAAAGUGGAAACACCACUUGCGCGUCAAGCAAGAUCGUGUGCAGAACACAGAGCCUAUCAUAAAUAUUACAAGGACAAUCCAGCAGGUGCCCCUAAAAAUACACGUGUAUCAGUUGUCCGAUAUGACAAAGCGACCAAGACAAUCAGGACAGCUGAACGUUGUGGAAAUUGUAAAUCGUAUUCAAAUGCAAUGGGGAAGGCUCCAGGUGAUGGUAUAAGUAAUCAAGUUGUCCCAAAUCAUCCCAAAGUCGGCAAACUUGCCCACUUUGAACACGCUGGCAAUGCAGCCGCAAAUAUGGUUGAAGGUGGGGUGUUUCAGAACCUUGAUGAAGAUGAAGAUGAUUACUGA